AUGGCUCCACCACCCCAUCAGAAGCCGGAAAAUGUUCUCAAGCGCGCCCAAGAGCUCAUGGGCGUCGGCCAGUCCCCCGCGGCCUUAGUUUUACUACACGAACACAUCACAUCCAAAAGGUCACGAAAUGUUCCCAUCGCCUCCUUGGAGCCGGUUAUGCUCCUCCUCGUGGAGCAGUCCGUUGAGCAAAAGAAGGGAAAGCUAGCGAAGGAUGCCUUGUAUCAAUACAAGAACAUCUCGCAAAACACAAAUGUUGGCACGAUUGAGUUGGUUCUCAAGAAGUUCAUCGAGCUGGCAGAAGAAAAGGUGAAGACAGCGCAAGCAAAGGCAGACGAAGUCCAGUCCACCCUCGAAACGACUGCAUCCACCGUCGAUGAUUUGGAAGCAUCUGAGACACCAGAGUCUAUCCUCCUAUCCACUGUAUCCGGCGAACAGUCCAGAGACCGCACAGAUCGCGCUAUCGUCACGCCAUGGUUGAAGUUUUUGUGGGAGACAUACCGGACCGUUCUCGACAUCCUCAGGAACAAUGCACGAUUGGAGAUCAUGUACCAGAGCACUGCCAUGCAAGCAUUCGAGUUCUGCCAAAAAUACACGCGAAAGACCGAGUUCCGCAGACUGUGCGAGUUGCUCCGAAAUCAUGUUCAAACUGCUGCCAAGUAUUCUGCUCAAAUGCAUGCCAUCAACCUCAAUGAGCCGGAGACACUUCAACGACAUCUCGAGACACGUUUUCAACAAUUGAAUGUUGCAGUCGAGCUUGAAUUAUGGCAGGAGGCUUUCCGAAGUGUUGAAGAUAUCCACAAUUUGCUCAACCUUAGCAAGCGACCACCGAAGAACAUCAUGAUGGCGAAUUACUACGAGAAGUUGACCCGAAUCUUCUUGGUCGGGGAGAACUAUCUGUUCCACGCUGCUGCUUGGUCGAGAUACUACAAUCUUCUUCGCCAAUCCGCCGCUAUGGUCGCGUCAGGUCAAAGCAAGAAGGCAGACAACCCAGCAACCUCGGAAGCUGAUCUCUCUAAGGCCGCCUCCUUCGUUCUUUUGUCAGCCCUCGCCAUCCCUGUUAUCAGCACUUCAAGAUCUCGAGGUGCGUUGGUCGACAUUGAUGAAGCUAAGAAGAACAAGAACUCCCGCCUCACUCACCUCCUCGGUAUGGCUCAAGCCCCUACUCGUGCCGUUCUCUUCAAAGAUGCCAUGAGCAAGGGUCUCCUGAAGCGUGCCCGCCCUGAGAUUCGCGAGCUUUACAACAUUCUCGAAGUUGACUUCCAUCCUUUGUCUAUCUGCCAGAAGAUCUCUCCAAUUCUGGCUCAGAUUGGCGCCGAUGCCGAGAUGGAGAAGUAUGUUCUCCCUCUUCAGCAAGUCAUCCUAACCAGACUCUUCCAACAAUUAUCCCAAGUUUACGAGACUGUUGAUCUCGCCUUUGUUGAGAAUCUUGCCAAGUUCCCCGAGCCAUUCCAAGUCACCCGAGAUACAAUUGAGAAGUUCAUCAUGAACGGAAACAAAAAGGGUGACCUUGCAAUUCGAAUGGACCAUGCUACCGGAGUUCUCAGCUUUGAUACUGAUGUUUUCUCAUCAACUAAGGCUAUCCAAGCUGGCUCUAGCUCCGGAUCAGCUGAAAGCGAAACAUCUUCAGUUCAACGACUCCAAAACACCCCAUCCGAAAUUGUCCGCACGCAGUUAGCCCGCUUAGCCAAAUGUCUUUAUGUCACAUGUCAAUACAUUGAUCCUUCGUUCAAUGAAGCAAGAGUCAAAGCUCGAGAAGCAGCAUAUGCACGAGCCAGGGCUGGUGCUAAUCAAGAACAUCGGGAGACACUGGCACGAAAAGAGAUCAUCCAAAAGCGGAAGGAAGAAGCAUCAGAAAUCCAAGCACGGAAGGAGAAGGAAGAUGCCACCCGGAAGCGCAUCAAGGCUGCACAACUCCAAGAAGCUGAGGAUAACCGUCUCAAGUUGGAACAAAAGGAGCGUGAAGAGAAGCGUAUGAAGGCUGAGCUGGACCGGGUACGGAAAGAGGAACUCAAGAAGCAAAUCGCCGAUCUCAAGAUUGGUCCCAAGGCUAUUGACAUUGAUGUCGAUGACCUGGACAACCUUGAUGCCAAUCGUCUCCGUGCUAUGAAGCUUGCCCAACUUGAGCGUGAGAAGAACGACAUCAACGAGAAACUCCGAGUCACUGGCAAGCGAAUCGACCAUCUCGAGCGAGCUUUCAGAAAGGAGGAAGCCCAGAAACUGCCAGAAGACUAUGCUCAGCAACGUGAACGAGACUUGGAAGCUUAUGAGAAGACAAAGGCUCAGACUCUGAAAGAAGCCGAGGCUAAGCACAAGGAGAAUGUUGAGCUCAAGCACAGAUUGAGUCGAUUGGUCGACCGCUAUGAGAGCUACCGCGAAAACAUCGUUGAGCGGAGACAUGAUGAAUUCGAGAAGCGCCGUCGUGAUGCCGAGAGAGAGUUGGAGAAGGCGAAAGCAGCUCGCAGAAAGGAGUUUAGAGAUCGCAAGGCUCGUGAGAAGCGUGAGCGUGAAGAGAGAGAGCGAAUGCUGCGGGAGGAGGAAGAACGAGCCGCUAAGGAAGCAGAGGAGAAGGCUGAGAGAGAGGCCAAGAAGAAGGCUGAAUUCGCAGAACUGAAGGCUAUCCGAGAAAAGGAACGUCAAGAAGCUUUGGAGAUGGCUGCGCUGCAGGAGCGACGAGCUGAGGAGGCUGCACGACGCCGAGCAGACGCAAAGGCUGCACCUCGCGGGCCACCAGCCAUGGAACGACAAGACUCUGGCAGCGGCGUACGACCCCCAUUGCCUUUGGCUGGAGCCAAGCUCGGCUGGAGAGAGAAGGAGAAGCUGCGCGCGGAAGGAAAGGAGGUGCCAUCUGCUCGCACCGAGUCACCCAUGGCCCGUGCCUCACCAAUGGGUCGCGCGGUCCCCAUGGAACGCACCGAUUCCAACGAGCGCCCCGCCCCCUCUGGCCCGCCACGUCUCGCCCUCGCGGGUGGGAAACCAUCCUGGAGAGACCGUGAAGCUGCAAAGUCCGGCGGCGAGCCUGCGCCAUCCUCUUCCCGUGUCCCGUCGUCAUCCGGCGGCGCCCCUCUCUCCCGCGGUCGCUCUGGUCGAGGUGAGAAUGGCCGUGAGGAUGCCGGGUCACCUGCUGCUCCUGCUUCUAGCGAGUCUCUUCGACCCUCGGCGGCGCCUGGCAAAUUCGUGCCUCCUCAUCUUCGCAACAAGACUUGA